CUGCAGUUGAUUUCAGUGGGACCGCCUGCAAGAUGGUGAAGCAAUUCUCUGGCAAGACCUACGAGCUGGACUUGGACAGCCAGGAGAAUGUGGAAGCCAUGUUUGAAGUCUACGGGGUGACGGAACCAGCCCACAGGCAGGCAGCCCUGAAGAUAAAGGCUCGAGUGACAUUGACUGUGGAUGGUGACAAGUACACAGUGACAAACCAAACAGGGGACCACAAGAGCAGCGUCACUUUCCGCCUGGGAGAGGAGUUUACGGAAGAGACCCUGGGCCGCAAGUGGAAGAGCACUGUCUCCCUCAAGGACGACCACACGCUGCUCAAGGUCGAGAAAGGCGAGGAUGGCAAGACCGUGACGGUCGAGAAAAGCUUCAGCCCUCAGCAGCUGGUCGUGACUUACACUUUUGGCAACAUUACUGCGAAGAGACUCUACAAGGCUGUUUGA